AUGUUUCGGGAGAGAAAGUGUCUGUGUCAGAUUCAGCGCCUGUUGUUCAUGGGAUUUCUGAUGCUGUUUGCCACGGUGGUGCUGAAAUACUCCUCCUGGGAAUGCAACUUCAGUGAUCUUGGGAAAGAGACGGUGCAUCUGAAGAGCGAGAGUUGCAAGGAUCAUCUCUACCAGUCUCUGAAGUUGUCUCCGAGCGGCCAGAUCAACUGCUCUCGGAUCAUCAGAGGGGAUGUGGAAGCAGUAGAGGAGGCUCUUUUGAGCAGGCUAGAGAUGAAAACCAAGUCGGAGCCUUUAGCCCCAAAAGAUUACGUGAACUUGACUAAGGACUGCACUCACUUUAAAGCGCGCAGAAGGUUUGUUGAGUUCCCACUGAGCAAAGAGGAGGAAGAUUUUCCUAUUGCAUAUUCCAUGGUAGUGCAUGAGAAGAUUGAGAUGUUCGAAAGAUUGUUAAGGUCCAUCUACGUGCCCCAGAAUAUAUACUGUGUCCACGUAGAUCUGAAAUCCCCAGACGAAUUCAAGGAGGCAGUCCAAGGGAUCGCCUCCUGCUUCGAAAAUGUCUUUGUGGCCACUAAACUGGAGAGAGUAGUGUACGCAUCCUGGUCCCGGGUCCAAGCGGACCUGAACUGCAUGGAGGAGCUACUCAAGAGCAACGUGCCCUGGAGGUAUCUCUUAAACACUUGCGGCACCGAUUUCCCCAUCAAAACCAACGCCGAGAUUGUCCGAACCCUGAAGUUUCUAAAUGGGAGAAACAAUAUGGAAUCUGAGAAACCCUCGUCGAUCAAGGCGGCUCGCUGGAAGUACCACCACCACGUGGAGAACUCGGUGAUCCGAACCUCCACGGAGAAGAGCCUCCCGCCCCAUGGCUCACCCAUGUUCACGGGCAAUGCCUAUGUUGUGGUCACAAGGGAAUUUGUUCAAGCCCUCUUUGAAAACCCGACGGCGCAGCAGCUGCUGGAGUGGUCAAAAGAUACUUACAGCCCAGAUGAAUAUAUCUGGGCCACCCUCCACCGGAUGCCAGGCAUGCCAGGAUCGGUGCCUUAUAACGAUAAGUAUGAGGUCUCUGAUGUCAAUGCUGUUGCUAGAUUGGUGAAGUGGUCCUACCUGGAGGGCGAUGUCAGCAAAGGGGCACCCUACCCUCCAUGUACGGGUGCCCACCAACGGGCCGUCUGUGUGUAUGGGGUAGGUGAUCUUCACUGGAUGCUCCAAAACCAUCAUCUGCUAGCCAACAAGUUUGACCCAAAUGUAGAUGAAAACGCAAUCCAGUGUCUGGAAGAAUAUCUACGUUACAAGUCAGUGUACGGGAAAGAUCUCUGA